CUUAGCUUGAUUCCAUAAGUGCGAUCCAAAUUCUUCAGUACCAUAAAAUUUUUGUUCUACGUUUGAAGUUGUGGAAGAAAAGUUACUGUUCGGUGAUUUGUGUUUUCAUCAUUAGUUGGUUAUUGGAGCCAAGAAAUGAAGCGCGGAAAUGAAGAAGCUAGCGAUGGAGCAAACGAAGAACAAAUAUCUGCAGAUCUAGAAGGAUCGAACGAUGAACAAAGCGUGAAAAAUAAUGCUCAAGCUGAAGACUCGUCCGACUCUAGUAAAUCAUCAGUAAAACGGAUGCGUUCAGAGGAUCAAGAAGUUCGACUCUUGAUUCCCAGUAAGAUGGCUGGAGCUAUCAUAGGAAAAGGUGGACAUAACAUUCAAAAACUCCGCACAGAGUAUCAAGCCCAAGUGAAUAUAGGCGACUGUACUGGCCCCGAACGUGUGCUUACUAUUGCUGCCGAUAUGGAAACAGUCACGAAAGUAGUGAAAGAUGUAAUGAAACACCUGGAUAGAGCGGGCGACAAUGAAUACGAGCUGAGGAUUUUAAUUCACUUGAGUUUAGCUGGAUGUGUCAUCGGUCGCGGAGGCAGCAAAAUUAAAGAAAUUAAAGAUGAAAUUGGAUGCCGGUUAAAAAUUUUCUCCAACAUUCCGCCUCAAAGCACAGAUCGCAUAGCGCAAGUGAUAGGCAGUGAAGAGCAAUGUUUGAAGACGCUUAAUGAGAUUAUUAAGCUGGUCAAGGGCACACCGAUCAAAGGCCCGGUCCAUAACUAUGACCCGCACAACUAUGACGACAUGUACGCUGACGAAUACGGUGGCUAUGGCGUUGGUGGUGGCGGCGGCGCCGGCGGAAGUAGUGGCGCAGGUGUUUUCCGUAACGGAGCUGGUAGUCGUGGUAAUGGCAGCGGUGGUGCUACUGGAAGUGGAUACGAUCGGCGAGGAGAACGAUUUGAUGAUCGAGGACGCUCCAGUCGCGGUGGUGGUGGCGGUGGAGGUUACGAACGAGGAAACGAUCGAACGAACCGUGGUGCGGUUGGUGCAGUUGUCGGUGGAGGCGUUACUGGCGGUGGCGGUGGCGGUGCGGCGGGUGGCAUGAGAGACAGAGACUACAUCAAUCCGUGGGCUAAUCCUAUCAAUGGCGGCAACAUGGGAGGCAACUUUGGAAAUAGCACUGGUAUCGGGUUGGGAAGUCUGGGAAGCCUUAAUCUUGGCGGCGCAGGAGGCAAUUUGGGUAACGGAAAUUUACCCAACUUUGGCGCCGGCAAUAAUGGCGCGAUGGAUAACAAAACAUCUACGCAGGUGACGAUUCCGAAAGAUUUAGCCGGGGCUAUCAUUGGCAAAGGAGGUGGCAGAAUACGUCGCAUUCGAAAUGAAUCGAACGCUUUCAUCCAAAUAGAUGAAGCAUUGCCCGGAUCGAAUGAUCGCAUCAUCACCAUUACUGGCACUCCAAAAGAAAUUCAGGCUGCUCAGUACAUGCUUCAGCAAAGCGUUCGUGAAAAUCUUAGUGGAACAGGAUCUGGCUUCAACCGCAACUAAUUCAAACGAACGGGUUGUAUGAAGUGGGGAGAAUGAACGGGAAGAUAUAAACUACACACAUUAUUCGCAUCUCCUGAUGGUGACCGAUGACCGCAAAACACCUGUCCUAGUUGCUGGAGCAGUUUGAAAAGGAAAAUAAUGGAACCGAAAUUCAACUAAAUACAGUUGGUAGCAUUUGAAUGAUAAUUUCUUUAAUACAAAAUUGUUUCAAGAAAAUUGAGCAAACUUCGAUGGCUAAUUAUAAUAUUUCUUAAUUGGAAUUAUGAGCAAACGGUGCAUUUGUCGGACCAGUGAAUUCCUUUGUUACUAGAAAGACCUGAAAUCAAUCAAUCAACAAUGUUUAUGGCUAGAGUUAGUUUUUACCGUCCAAUACUGAUCGAAUAGUCAAAACAUACAACUUAUUUCUGUCACAUAUUGUAAACCCAGCUCAAUAUACUUCGUAACACACAAAAUGAAAAAACGUAUGAAUGCUGAAUCAAAAGGCAUUUCUUAAUUCUGUUGAUUGUAACAAGUCUUCAUGUCUUGGUUCGAAGAAUUUAUGAGCCUUUUUAAUUUUUCACACUACAACAUUCACAUUCUUUCACGUUUGAUAAGAAUCAAUUGCUGAAAGAUAGCAGAAGUUUGAAAAAGCAUGUUUCCUACCAUUGCUUAUUCCUUUUUGUGUUCCUGUAUUUCCCAUAUGUAAUAAAAAUCAGUUGCCCACUAGCACUGCUGUAUCUUCUUGCCCAAACGAAGACCGGGAGAUUCCUAAUCUCAACUACUGUGUUCGGUAAAAAAAUCAUAAAGAACAUUACUGCAUGACUGUCAGUAACAACUCAAAGUUGAAAAAUGGAGCUCUGCCCAAUAACAGCAUACCGAGUGGACAUUGGCGUUAAGGUUUUGUUUGUUAUAUGUUUUGAACAAAAAUUGCAGCUUCGAGAAGAUGCGGCGCGGUGGUGUGCAACUGAUUUUACUAAUAACUAGCAGGGCCAUAUAUAUUCCUACUGUUUUAGUAACCAGUGAAAACAGAAGUGUAUUUUUGUUUGCUGUGGCAUUUCCCCUUGUGAAACCCAUUAAGAGUGUCAUGAAAAAUGUAAUAGCUAAAACGCAAAGCUCGUAUCAUAACUAAUUUUACAGAACUGAACUCACUGUCAUAUUCAUUUUGUUGACAUAUUCGUUUUAGCCUUAUUCAACGUUUAAUCAGUGAAUGAUAUAGUCAAAGAUAUGGAAGGUUCUUGCAUUUCAUUAGUUUAGACAACUUCCUGCAAUGAAUGAUAGUCAUAUAAUCUCCAUCUACCAAUUUUGGCAAAAGUGAAAUACAGGAAAUUAAAUAAACUAUUAAAAUGUCUUUCUUUCACGUACCUACAGAGUUAUAAAUUAUUUUGACACACCUCCAGAGCCUAUCAACCUAUACAUCCUCUCCUCAUCGAUGACGCAAACGCGCAAACAAUAACAGCAAUACAAGAUACAUUACACAUUAUUAAGGAGAGCAAUUUGUAGCAAGAAAAUAUCGAAAAUUAAAAACGAAAAAUGAAAGGAUGUUCUACGCAUUAUUAUUGCUGUUUUGCCAAUUGAACUCGUCAACAAUACAAUGAUUUUGUAUUGAAGAUAUACGUUUACUGAUUUGUUUGUGAGGCUUAGAGGUAGUAAUGGCGAAGAAUUCCGCCAUAUGACCACAUUUUCGAUUGGAUCGCCAGAGAAUAAAUUCAUAAUUAAAUUAUACUGAUAAGAGGAAGACGAUGCUGGUAGGCUAUGGAAAGAUGGCAAUUUGUUGGAAAAUGAUAAAAACCAAAAAUAAUUUUUGUUUUCAUCGAUGUGCAGAGUACAAGGAUAGUCGUUUCUAAAAAAAAUCUAUACCAAAUCGGAUCUUACCCACACGUAAGUAAUUGUGUGGCAUACAAUAAAAUUUAAAAAGAAUGCAUUGAUUGUCAUUUAAUCAACAAAACAGAUCGUCGUGGAGGCAUGAGAACUCCAUUUUAAUUUUUGAAAAUAGACCACAAGGCAAGUACUUAGUCUUAUUCACUGUAUGUGAUGUAGACCUUGUUUACAUCUUUAAAUAAAAAACAAUGCCCACCCAUAAUUAGGUAUAACUUUGUAGCUACUAAAAAAGAAACCAAAGUAUGAAUUGUGUACAUGUUACAGAUUUAUUUGCCUAAAUAUUUCUAUUUGAUCAUUCCUGGAAUAUAUUGAAGAUUCUUUUCGAUGCCCUAUCUUGAGUGAAGCGAAUAAAAAAGUAUAAAGCAAUUUGAUUCACCUCCUCGUGUUCACUUAUAAAAGAUUUGAAGCCUUUUGUUACUGCCAUCACACAUUCCAUUUCUUCAAACAAAAAAAAUAAAAAAUAACAUUCUACUAAUAGUUGUCACUCGCGUAAAAAGAAUGUGUGGCGUUUUUAUAGAUCUAAAACACUGAAACAGCAUGGUGA